AUGGAUUUCUCCUUGGCGAAAAUUCGAUAUGCAUUCGAAUGCAUAAUGAAUCAGAAGAGAUUUGUCAUAUUUUUCAUUUUGUUAGCUAUUAAUUUGUGUGUGGUGUUAUGGACUACUGCUUUUACGUUUUUACGAUGUAAAGAUUUCACUUCUACAACAUUUAUAUCAAGAAAUAAUUCAUUUAUUGAUGAAGAAAACCAAAAUGAAUCACUACCAAAACAACAGAAUAUCUCACUGGCACGACUGCGGGAGUGCUUCGUCGUCGUUACAGUUUGUGCUCGUAAUGUUGAACAGCAUAUACCAUUAUUUCAACAAAACAUUAAACAGAUUGUAUCCGUAUUCAAAGACUACCGAAUACUUUUUGGCGAAUCAGACUCCUCAGAUGAAACAUUGACUUCUCUACAGAAAUGGGCAGCUAAUGAUGCGGAACAUAUCAUAGUAGAAGCAUACGGAAACAUGUUAAAGUAUAUCAGUGAUAGAGCAGUACGUAUUGCCUAUUGUAGAAAUCAUCUACUAGAAACAGCACGAAAAAAUGGUUGGUUAGCUAAAGCAGCAUAUUAUUUAGUGUUAGAUGUUGAUGUUAAUGCUAACAAUAUUCUCACAUUACAAAACUUUCUGACUAACUUUGAAUACGAUCUCUCAGAUUGGGAUGUUAUGACUGCUUCACAAGUGAUGGGUUAUUAUGAUAUCUGGGCACUGCGAACAAAAAAAGUAGUUAAUUAUGAUUGUUGGAAAAUGGUAGGAUAUAUCGAGAUAAGCUAG